CUGAAACAGUUUUUCGUGAAGGAAAUGAAACGAAAUAGCAUGAAGGCAAAUUGUGGCGGCAGCAGAGUGAGCAGCACCAAGGCCAGGGACUUAAUGUGCCGAGUGGCUGCCGCGCCCGACUGGCGGGCUCUGUGCCCCCACGCACAGAAGGCCGCAGGCGUGAGGCCCCACUCUUCGCCCUGUCAAGUGCACUCGAGGAAUGGUUCGAGCGGCGUGUCCAGACCUUGUUCCUCGACCACCGCGGUUCCAAAUCCAGUACUGUCCUCCUUAGACGUUAAACGGAUUUUAUUUCAAAAAAUCACCGACAAAGGGGAUGAGCUGAGGAGAGCCUUUCAGCUGCUCGAUGCCGAUCACAGCAUGACUGUGUCCAAGAGUGAGCUCCGGAGGCUGGUCGCCACCUUCCUGCUGCCGCUCACGAGGGAACAGUUCCAGGGUGUGCUGGCCCAGAUCCCCCUCACCAGCUCUGGCGCCGUCCCGUACCUGGAGUUCCUGUCCAGAUUUGGUGGGCUUGACCUAAACACGAACGCUACAAAGAGGGGAAAUGGGAAUGAGAAGAACUGCUGUCGGACCUGGAGAGAACUCGAAACCCAAAUAGGAGAGAAGAUUUCCAAAAACAUCAAAAGCGUCCUCAAAGCCUUCAAGCUCAUCGACGUGAACAGGACUAACCUGGUUCAAGCCCACGAGCUGCGGACGGUCCUGGAGACCUUCUGCCUCAAGAUGAGAGACGACGAGUUCAAGAAGUUUGCAAAGCACUACAACAUUGAAAAGGACACCGCCGUGGAUUAUAAUGAGUUUUUGAAGACCCUCACUACAAACAAGGACCUGAACCUCAGGUACUACACAGGCAGCCAAGAGAUCUCACAGGAGAGUCAACAAGUCAAAAGUUCCAAAAUUGGGGAGUGCCUCCCCACUCACGUUUUAUCUGAAGAAGUCUGGAAAGAUUACUCCUUAGAUGACAUCGAGAGGACAUUUUGCCAGCAGCUUUCCAGGUGCUACGAUAAGGUGGAAAAGGCGCUGGGCGCGGGGGACCCCUCGCGGCGCGGCUGCGUGUCUCUGAACUACCUGAAGGUUGUCCUGGACACCUUCGUGUGCCGGCUGCCCAGAAGAGUUUUCAUCCAGCUAAUGAAAAGAAUGGGAUUUAGGACCACCAGCAGGGUCGACUGGAAGCAGUUUCUGGCGUCAUUUCACGUUCCCGAUGGGGACGCCAUCAACGGUAAAAUCCCCGUGGCCAAAGGAAAUAGCCCCUCCAGAAACCUCUCUGGCAAGGAGAGCGUCGUCGCCAGGCUCUUCAGGCAGGGAGAUCGCUGCACCUCGCUCAAGAAGCUGCUGCUGAUCAUCAGCGCGAAACCCACGGGCCAGCUCUCGGGGGAGGAGCUGCGGCACAUCCUCACCUGCUCGGGCAUGAACAUCAGCGACGCGGAAUUCAAGGCGCUGAUGCGGCAGCUGGACCCCGAGGACACCAGGCGGGUGGACGUCGGCGCGCUCAUCCAACUGCUCGAAGGGGACCCCAAGACGAGGAAGACGUCCCGCCCGGACACCGAGGGGCCGCUGCUCCUGGCCUGGGAUUCCGUGGAGGAGAUCGUCCGUGACUCGGUCACCAGGCGUCUGCAGGAUUUCCACCACACGCUGCGGUCCUAUGAUCUCGGCGACACGGGGCUCAUCGGCCGAAAUAACUUCCGGAGAGUCAUGCGCACCUUUUGCCCGUUCCUGACGCCUGACCACCUGGGGAAACUCUGCAGCAUGUCUCAGGACCCGGCCUCGGGCAGGGUCCUCUACAAGCAGCUCUUGGCCCGCAUGGGGGUCCCGGGCCCGGCCGCCACCUCUCCUGAGCUCCCGCAGCCGCAGCCAGGUCUUUCUGCAAGCACCGAGCCCGCCCAGGACGGCGCCCCCACCGAGGCCGUGGCCCAGCACCAGGCGCUGCGCAGGCUCGAGGGCUACUUCCGGCAGCAGGACCCCGCGUUCAGAAAGCGGUUCCUCGCCGUCAGCAGGGACCCCGGCGGCAGGAUCGGCGCCCAGGACUUCAGGAAGGUCCUGGCAGACGACGGGAUGGCCAUGGAUAAUGACCAGUACGCACUGCUGAUGAAAAAAUUAGGGUUUGGCCCGGAGGGGAUGAGUUACAAUGAUUUUACUGCGAGAUUCCAAGGGGCUAAAAUGAGUGGGCCGGAGGGGACUGCGCCCCGGACGCCCGAGAGCUUCUUUGUAACUGCCGAGGACUGCCAGAGGCUUUUCCCCCAGAAACUGAGAGAAUCCUUCAGGGGCCCUUCGGGCCUCUCCCUGGGCCCCCCAGACCAGAGUGAGCUGCCCGGGCGGCGGCUCCCCACUGAGAUGCAGGUGCUCGUGGGGGUGCGGACGACACAGGCUGCGAGCGCCGAGCUGACGGGUCCCGGGGCACCCAGCGAGCACCGGAGAGCAGGCUGCGGGGUCCUGGGAGCACUCUGGGGGCACCCGGGCGGCCUCGGGGCGCGGGAGGACAUCGCGGACUCUAAGAGAGCACAGGGGGCCCGCCGCGCGGCACCCCCAGCCCCUCUCGACGACGCCCCUGAAACGCAGCGCGCCCAGAGCCCCUGGUGUGUGGGCAGCAGGGCAGGAGGUUGCCGCUUGACCUCUGCAACGUCCACCCUGGAGUUCCGAGGUUCUGCCAAGUCCGGGGCCUCGACGCCGCCAAGUGAGGAAAAGCCGAGCUGCUGCGUCCCGCUGGGGGCCGAGCGCUCGUGGCUCACGGAGAACUGGGCCUUGGCCCGGGACGCAGCUUCUCCCCUCGGGGGUGGGGGGGCGGGAGCCUGGAACCUCCCCUCUGCUGGGGACCCACCGACACAUGCUCAGUCUAAGACUUUUUCUUUUUGUCUUUUAAGAUCAAAAAAGAAGGUCACGGAUUCAGAACUAGCUUGUGAACAGGCCCAUCAGUUUCUUCUUGCCAAAGCCAAGAACAGGUGGACAGACCUGUCUAAGAACUUCAUAGAGACCGACCACGAGGGCCACGGGAUCCUUCGACGGCGGGACAUAAGGAACGCGCUGUAUGGGUUCGACAUCCCCCUCACGCCGAGAGAGUUCGAGAAGCUCUGGACGAGCUAUGACACCGAGGGCAGAGGCUUCGUCACUUACCAAGAGUUCCUGGAGAAGCUGGGCAUCACCUACUCCGCGGACAUCCACCGGCCCCCCGGGGAGGGCCACUUCAACUUCAUGGGCCACUUCACGAAGCCCCAGCAGAUACAGGAAGAGAUGAAAGAGCUGCAGCAGACCACCGAGAGGGCGGCGCUGCUCAGGGACCAGCUGCAGGCGCAUUACGAGGACAUCAGCCAGGCGCUCCGGAGGCUGGACGGGGCGGCCAGCGGCUACACCUCCCUGUGCGGGCUGCGGAAGGUGCUGCAGGGGUGCGGCUGCGCAGUGAGGGAAGAGGAGCUGACCCACCUCCUCCGCAGUUGGGGAAUCCCUUGGCGUAACGAUUGCAUCAACUACCUUGACUUCUUACAAGCAGUGGAGAAUAGCAAGCCGACAAAACCUCAGCCAGACACAAAGGAAGAGCCGGCGCCAGUCGAUUUUUCGACACUGAGCCCAGAGGAAGUUCUGAAGAAUGUCCAGGAGGUGGUCGCCGCCUCUGAGCUGGCCCUGGCCGCGGCGUUUCUGGCCCUGGAUCCAGAGGACACUGGUUUUGUGAAGGCUUCCGAUUUUGGACAAGUUCUUAAGGAUUUCUGUUACAAGCUCACAGAUAACCAGUAUCAUCAUGUUCUGAGACGACUGAGACUUCACCUAAGCCCCUACAUACACUGGAAGUAUUUUCUCCAGAACCUCAGUGACUUCCUGGAAGAGGGUGCUGCCAAGUGGGCGGAGAAAAUGCCCAAAGGCCCCCCGCCCAGGCCGCCCAAGGACGCAGCGACCCUGGAGCUCCUGGUUCGGCUGCACAGGGCCGUGGCCGCCCACUACCGCACCAUCGCGCAGGAGCUGGACAGCUUCGACACCAUGAAGACCAACACCGUCUCCAGGGACGCGUUCCGGGCCGUCUGCACACGCCACGUCCAGGUCCUGACGGACGAGCAGUUUGACAGGCUCUGGGGCGAGAUGCCCGUGAACGCCAAGGGCCGGCUGAAGUGCCAGGACUUCCUGAGCAGGUUCAGCGCCGAGAAAGAGGCGUCUCCGCUGACCACGGGCGACUCAGCCCAGGCCCAGAGGGGGAGCAGCGUCCCCGAAAUCACGGAGGAAGACGGUUCUGUGGUGUCAUCGCCUGCUGGCAGCCAGAGAGCCGGGUCCAAGCCACGCAGCCCUCCCAGCGUGAGCCGCCAGCUGUGGGGCGCCCAGGGGUCGGGUCCCAGAGGCGCAGGCGGGGCUGCGGCACUGGGCACCCCCGGGAGAGCGCGUGGGUCGGAGUCCGCACCCCUCUCCCGCUACGGAGCCGGCGACCGUUCUGACAACGUGGCCCCGCAGAGCCGUGGCCCCGCGAACGGGCCUUUGAAGACCCCGUGGGAAGCAGGACGCCGCCACGCCAGACCCCAGCACCCGCCCCUAGGCACGCGGAAGCGGGCCACCGAGGAAGGGGUGGCAGACCGUGUCAUUCGCAAUCGCGUCAAAAAGCGCAGAGUGCCCGGAGUAAGCGGCCACGAGCAGGCGGAACACCCGCACGCCGCAGGCGAAGCCUGA